GGCGAUUCUGCCUUUGGACUUGAGCGCCGCCUGGGCCCUGGGCUGAGAGAACCGGCAUGUCUCAGUGGAAUCAGGUCCAACAGUUAGAAAUCAAAUUUUUGGAGCAAGUAGAUCAAUUCUACGAUGACAACUUUCCUAUGGAAAUUCGACAUCUCUUGGCCCAGUGGAUUGAAAAUCAAGACUGGGAGGCGGCUUCUAACAAUGAAACCAUGGCAACAAUUCUUCUUCAAAACUUAUUAAUACAACUGGAUGAACAGUUAGGUCGAGUUUCCAAAGAGAAAAACCUGCUCUUGAUACACAAUCUAAAAAGAAUUAGGAAAGUCCUUCAGGGAAAAUUUCAUGGAAAUCCAAUGCAUGUAGCUGUAGUUAUUUCAAAUUGUUUAAGGGAAGAGAGAAGAAUAUUGGCUGCAGCCAACAUGCCCAUUCAGGGACCUCUGGAGAAAUCCUUACAAAGUUCUUCAGUUUCAGAAAGACAGAGGAACGUGGAGCACAAAGUGACUGCCAUUAAAAAUAGUGUGCAGAUGACAGAACAAGACACCAAAUAUUUAGAAGACCUGCAAGAUGAAUUUGACUACAGGUAUAAAACAAUUCAGACGAUGGAUCAGGGUGACAAGAACAGCGCCCUGAUGAAUCAGGAAGUUUUAACUCUGCAAGAAAUGCUUAACAGCCUCGACUUUAAGAGAAAGGAAGCCCUCAGCAAGAUGACACAAAUAGUCAACGAAACGGACUUGUUAAUGAAUAACAUGCUGAUAGAAGAGCUGCAAGACUGGAAGAGGCGACAGCAAAUAGCCUGCAUAGGAGGUCCACUCCACAACGGGCUCGACCAGCUUCAAAACUGCUUUACACUGUUGGCAGAAAGUUUGUUCCAACUCAGAAGGCAACUGGAGAAAUUAGAGGAACAGUCCACCAAAAUGACAUAUGAGGGCGACCCCAUCCCAAUGCAAAGAGCACAUCUGCUAGAAAGAGUCACUUUCUUAAUCUACAACCUUUUCAAGAACUCAUUUGUGGUUGAACGGCAGCCAUGCAUGCCAACCCACCCUCAGAGGCCGAUGGUACUUAAAACCCUCAUUCAGUUCACUGUAAAACUAAGACUACUAAUAAAAUUACCGGAACUAAACUAUCAGGUAAAGGUGAAAGCAUCAAUUGACAAGAAUGUUUCAACUCUAAGCAAUCGAAGAUUUGUUCUUUGUGGCACUCAUGUCAAAGCCAUGUCCAUUGAAGAAUCUUCCAAUGGGAGUCUCUCAGUAGAAUUUCGCCAUUUGCAACCCAAGGAAAUGAAGUCCAGCACCGGAAACAAAGGAAAUGAGGGCUGCCACAUGGUGACUGAAGAGCUUCAUUCCAUAACCUUUGAGACACAGAUCUGCCUUUACGGCCUGACCAUAGAUUUGGAGACCAGCUCCUUGCCUGUGGUGAUGAUUUCCAAUGUCAGUCAGUUACCUAAUGCUUGGGCAUCCAUCAUUUGGUACAAUGUGUCAACCAAUGAUUCCCAGAACUUGGUUUUCUUUAAUAAUCCUCCAUCUGCGACUUUGAGUCAACUCCUGGAAGUGAUGAGCUGGCAGUUUUCAUCAUAUGUGGGGCGUGGCCUUAACUCAGAUCAACUCAAUAUGUUGGCAGAAAAGCUUACAGUCCAAUCUAGCUACAGUGAUGGUCAUCUCACCUGGGCCAAGUUCUGCAAGGAACACUUACCUGGUAAAUCAUUUACCUUUUGGACAUGGCUUGAAGCAAUAUUGGAUCUGAUCAAGAAACACAUUCUUCCUCUUUGGAUUGAUGGGUAUGUCAUGGGCUUUGUUAGCAAAGAGAAGGAACGGCUCUUGCUAAAGGAUAAAAUGCCUGGAACCUUUUUGUUAAGAUUCAGUGAAAGCCACCUUGGAGGAAUAACUUUCACCUGGGUGGACCAUUCUGAAAAUGGAGAAGUGAGAUUCCACUCUGUAGAGCCCUACAAUAAAGGCCGCUUGUCUGCUUUGCCGUUUGCUGACAUCCUUCGAGACUACAAGGUUAUUAUGGCUGAAAACAUUCCUGAAAACCCUCUGAAGUACCUAUAUCCUGACAUUCCCAAAGACAAAGCCUUCGGUAAACACUACAGCUCCCAGCCGUGCGAAGUUUCAAGACCAACAGAAAGAGGAGACAAAGGUUAUGUUCCUUCUGUUUUUAUCCCCAUCUCAACAAUCCGAAGCGAUUCCACUGAGCCACAGUCUCCAUCAGACCUUCUUCCCAUGUCUCCAAGCGUAUACGCAGUGCUGAGAGAAAACCUGAGUCCCACGACCAUCGAAACUGCGAUGAAGUCUCCAUAUUCUGCCGAAUGACAGGAUGACCUCUUGACACUCAAAAAAUGGAAGCAAAUGGAAAACUUUAAGGACUGAUCUUUGCCAACAGUCAUCUCUUAUUCUUCAUCUUUGUAUAUACGGAUUUCCAGG